AUGUAUUCCAUCAUUAUAUUGCUGCUUAUACUGGGCUUUGUGGCCGUGAAGGCUCUCCUGAAAGGGUUUCAGGGCAAAUUUGCUUAUUAUGGCAUUUUUUCUUCCCUAAUUGGCUCUGACCUUGAUCCAUCUUAUGUUGUUGAGCCUUUGAAAAGCUUUGACUUCAAAACAGCCCCUCCGAUUGACUACAAGCCAUAUAGAACACAGGGUCAUGUAACCAUGGGAAUCCAAAAACAAACCCGCUCUAACUGGAUUCGAAUCGACUCCGGAUACCUGAAGCGACUCGAAGAACGACGCAUUCUCGUUGAAGAGAAACCAGAACUCACCAUCGGAACAGGCAACAUCGUGGAUCCAGCGAUUAAAGAGCUCUAUGAGGAGAUCAUGAUUAAGUAUCUCCCUCAGCGUUUCCCGACCAUGUUCAAGGUGUGCGGAAAUGUUGUUGAGAACGUCACAACCGGCUCUAAUUAUCCAUCUAUGACGGCCGGUCUCAGUCCUGCUGUUAUGCUUCGUUACAUUUCUAACAAUGUCGAGGAGGAUUUCUACUUCAUGUGUCCUGAUCCGGAUGGGCAGUUCCGUCUACGUGGAUAUAUUGCUUGUUUUCCAGGUGGUUUCUUGAGCCCUGCGAGAGUUGGUGAGUCAGUGAGGGAGAUUCACCAACCUGUUCCUGGUUAUGAUAAGAAGUUGGGUGCCAGUGUGGACCGAUACUUUUCCCGUAUGAAACCGGGCCAGUUCAUCGGACGUAUGAACUGGUCUCUUCAGGUCGACGGCGCAGACCUGUUCCGCACCGAUGGGAAUAACUUUUACCCUGAAACAGAUCAGGCUGUCAAUGACGAAAAAUACAACCCUCCACUUACUCAAUGCUAUCUCCGUGUUGAGCAUCAGACCUUGACUGCUUUGCCCAGAUCCCGAGCAAUAAUUUUCACCGUCCGUAGCUACAUGACCAGACUUGACGAGGUGCGUGCAAAGGGAGAAGGCGAUGCUCUGGCUGACGCUAUCGAGUCAAUGCCCGAAGGUCUUGGAAAGUAUAAGAUGCGGCAAUAUUGGGGUAGGAAGGUUCUGCCUUGGUUGCGGGGUGGCCCUGGAGAUACAACCGUGGCAUAG